UUCCCGCAGACACCGCCUGAGCAGUUCCAGUAACUGGCUCGCAUGGCACAGAGUUACUGCCAUUAACACACCUGAGGCUUAAAAAGUCACAGGCGUUGCGACAGAGGCGCCUUCUGCCGCGCACUGACACCCUGAGUCAAAAUACACACGCCUGCGGGGCUGGGGCACAGGGAUGUCACCACGGGGGGGUUGUGGCUCCGGCAGGGUCAGAAGCAGGGUGGCACAGCCCCGGUGCUCCCUGCCGGCCUGCAGCAGCUCCGGAGGAACCAGCCCGAGCCAGGGGAACCUGCGCUCCCAGGGCGGGGAGGGAGCGAGGGCUGUGCCGCUGCUAAGAGACCGGGUAAACACAGCCGGGGCUGCAGAGGGGAUGACUCAGGCAUCGAUCCGCUUGAGCUGCUCAGAACUAUCUCACAGUGAUCCUCCUGUAACAGCUCCGUGUACGAGAAACCCCCGGCCUCGGGCGGGCAGGCGCUGUGAGCCCGUGCUCGGCGCCGGUGGGGGGCUGAAGCCCAGAGCCCCUUCGGGAGGGUCCAGGGGGGCACUGUCGGUGUCUGUUCCGUGCUUUCCAGCCGUGCUUGUGCCGUGCCACAGAGCAGCCGUCUGGAAAGGUGUUCCUGCUGCGCCGAGCCUGCUCCCUGCCAGCCCCAGGGCGCUCUUCUCUUUUGCUGCUGUUUCUGGGCUCUGCCACCCCAGCUUUCCCAACGGCCCUGCUGCUGCCAGCGACAGACUGCAGAGCACCCACGACCCGCAGCUCCUCAGGGAGCUGUGCCAGGGCUGUGCCAGCUCACCCUGCCAGCAGGGAUCCUGCCCGCCCCCACAGCCUGGCCAGGGAUGCACCUGUGGCUCUGCAGGAGCUGAUUCCCAAGAGAUGCUCUGGUUUGGGACUUUGAGGAGAUGAUCAAGUAGAGCUUUGGACCAGUGGGCCAGGACUGCGCCCAGCGUCCCUGCAGGGAGGCAGCCGUGUCACCAGGGGACAGCAGGACGUGCCAGGCUCCAGCACAGACAGGGCCCGGCAGCUCCAGGCCGGGAUAACCAAGAGCAGCUCCCGUGGCACAGCAGCAGGACAUGGACCCCCGCACAGGACAAGAGCCCGUCAAGGUGAUCGGGGUUGUCUUGGGCAUCGGGCUGGCCCUGCUGGUCCUGGCCAGUUUCGGCUACACCUUCAUCCGCUGGUACCGGCGGGGCCACUGCCAGCGCCGGCCUGACUUUGUCUUCAACCUCUACCACUCGCGCGGGCUGGGGUCGGUGGCACUGGAGCUGGUGCCACCGUUCAGCAUCAGUGGCUCGCUGGGCACCUCGGGCAGUGGCUACGAGCCCUUCCACAACCAGCGGCCGUGAGGUGAGAGCUGGGCUGCUGAGCAGGAAACAGCCCCGGAGUUUGUUGGAUUUCAACCCAAAUGGCCGCGGUGCAGUUUCUGCUGCUAAAAAACUUCCCAGAAUCACAGAAUCCCUGGGGCUGGAAGGGACCUCUGGAGACCACCUGGUCCAACCCCCCCAUGCCCAAGGUCACCUGGAGCAGGUGACACAGGAACGCACCCAGCCACAGGUGCACAGGAGGUGCCUGGGCCAGCGCUGGUGCUUGGGAUGGAGGAGGAGGAUGCAGCCUUAUCCAGGAUUCCUCAACAUCCUGGAGGAAACAGCCACGUUCCCCACGGCUCAGAGACCUCCCGGCCUCCUGCACGCCCAGGGACCUGGCACCAGGCUGCUCCUUAGGGAAGCAGCUGAGGAGGAGCCCCAGAACUGGGUGACUGCAUUUGUGCAAGUGCAGAAAGCACCGUGAGGAAACGGGGAAUUUGUCUCAGUCCUCCUCCUCCUCCCUGCAAUACCUGCACCAACAUGGAAGUUGGUUCUCCACACUCCCAGUGCAAGGAAACGCCUCAGAAAGCCCCUGUGGAAGUUCCUCCUGGAUUUUUUGGGGCAGUUGCCUUCGGUCUCAGCAGAACAAGAGCUGGGGCAGUGUCUGGAGCACAGGAACAGUCCUGGGGAGACUCUGUGGCCACAGAGAGGGGCCCUGCCUGGCCAGCGGGGGCUGGCGAGGCGCGGCGGGGCCUUGGGACCAUUUCUCUGCAAGUUUCUCUCAGAAGAAAAACAAAGCAAAACUCAUGAGAGCCACGUGGUUGUGUGUAGGGAAGCCAGUGAGGACAGAGUGGAAUUUCCAGGGAGUCAGAGGAACAGGCUGUUCUCUCGGCUAUCAAAACUAAACUCCGUGGUCUGCGGGUUUCUCCUGGCUGAAAGGAGACCCCUGACUGCUCAGGGGAGGGGGAAAUGCCACCUCCUGGGGGCUGGGGGCCCGCCGUGGUGAGCAGGACCCAGCAGAGCCCUGCGUGACGCAGGAUCCGGCCGCGGGGCCCGACGUCAGCGGCGUGUGAAAGAAAAACAACCAAAAAAGCCAGGCUUGCGAGGAGUGCGUGUUCCAGAGGAAGUUGAAAAAAAAUAAAAAGAAAGCGAAAAGCUCUAACCCCCAAAAUACACAGAGGCAGAAGAGAUGGGGCCUGCGGAGGGGCAGGAGGCUCCCAGCGCCCUCCACGGCCCCGUGGGAUGUGGGGAUGGAUCUCAGGUGUGAGCGGCGCCGUGUGAGAUGUAAGAGAAGGAAACGCAGCAAGGAUCAGCCUCCUCCUCCUGCCAGCGCUGGAAAACCCCAAAAACCCCAAAAACCCUUCACCUGAAAACCACAUUCCCCGAGGAGGGUUUCCACCAGCAGUUUUACUUCCCACCCUGAAGGUUCCUGGAAAUGAAGUGACUUUUGGAAAAACUUCCCUGCAACCUGGAGGGUGACCCAGGGUGAGCUGCUGGGGCUCAUCCUGUUUCCAUGCUGAUGGCAGCUGUUCACAUCAUCACAGAAUCAAUUUCUUUGGAAAAGAUCUCUGAGAUCAUCGAGCCCAACCUAUGACCAAGCACCACGCUGCUGAGCAGAGCCCUGACUGUCGUCUUUCCGCCACCCCUGGGUUUGAUUUGUCCUCCUGUCCUUCCCUGGGGAUGUCCCACGGGAUGUGGGAUCACCCCGAGCAGCCCAGCUCCUUUUCCCUGCUGCUCCUCUGGUGGUUGCCCCCACAAAUUCCCCAGGGGC